AUGGAGCUAGACACAAGAUCGGCUGUAUCUGUUAUUUCUAGCGCUGAUUACAAACGGCUGUUUCCUAACCUACGGUUAUUAAAGACCAACCUGAAACUCAAGACCUAUACGGGCCAAAAGGUGUGCCCAAAAGGCAAGUUGAAGGUGGAUGUUACAUACAAAGGAGUGACACGACGGUUAACGCUGUAUGUGCUACAGAGGGGAGGCCUACCACUUUUCGACCGUGAAUGGUUGAGGAAGAUCCGACUCGACUGGCACUCCAUUAAAGCUCUACGUAUGUCAACAGCUGACAACAGCUCGGACAGUGCCACACAGAGGCUGUCGCAGCUACUCAAGGCCCAUGAGGAAGUGUUUAAUAAGAGCAUUGCCCGUCCAGUACCGUAUGCCAUAUGCCCAAAGGUGGAGGCUGAACUUCAGAGCUUGGUGGACUCUGGAGUUUUGUCACGGGUUGAAUGGAGUGACUGGGCCACGCCCAUUGUUCCUGUGAUCAAGAAAGGAAAGGCUGAAGCUGUUCGCAUAUGUGGGGACUUCAAAGUCAGCGUCAAUCCUGUGCUGCGUACAGUGCAGUACCCCCUUCCACUCAUAGAAGACAUCUUUGCUUCAUUGGCUGGAGGGGAAAAGUUUUCAAAGAUUGACCUUGCACAUGCCUACCUACAGAAGGAGGUUGAAGAGUCAAGCAGGAAGUACCUCACGAUUAACACCCACAAGGGGCUGUUUCAAUACAACAGGCUCGUUUUUGGUGUUGCAUCAGCUCCAGCAUUAUGGCAAAGAGCAAUGGACCAAGUGCUCCAAGGAAUCCCUGGUACACAAUGUUACCUUGACGACAUCAUCGUGACAGGAAAGAGUGAUAGUGAGCACCUGGAAAACUUCAACAACGUGCUCACUCGGCUGAGUGAGUAUGGCCUGCGAGCAAAGAGGAGCAAGUGUGAGUUUUUCAGGAACGAAAUAUCAUACUGCGGGCACGUCAUUGACAAGCAUGGCUUACACAAGUCAAAAGAGAAAAUUGAAGCUGUGCUUCAAGCACCGAAACCAGGAAAUGUGUCGCACCUCAAUCUCAUCAAUUAUUAUCAUAAGUUCCUCCCGAACUUUGCUACAGUGAUGCACCCACUGAAUGCACUCCUACAGAAUGGAGUGAAGUGGGAGUGGUCUGAGGAAUGUGACAGAGCAUUCACUGAAACGAAAAGACUGGUCACAUCAGAUGAACUGUUAACCCAUUAUGACCCAACGCUGCCCAUCAGACUAGCAUAUGAUGCUAGUCCCUAUGGAAUUGGUGGUGUCUUGUCGCAGAAGGAUGGAUCUGAACGCCCUAUUGUGUACGUGUCAAGAUCGCUGACGAGUGCAGAAUGCAAUUAUGCACAGAUAGAUCGUGAAGCCCUCAGCCUCAUAUGGGGUGUUAAGAAGUUUCACCUGUACCUCUAUGGGCGACGGUUCACACUUGUAACGGACCACCAACCCCUUGUAUCAAUAUUACCAUGCAGGGAUGGCCAGCUCAUGGUAACCCCAUGUUUCCAGAGUUUUCAGCCAGACGUGACCAGCUCUCAGUGUGUCAGGGGAACCUUGCUGUGUGGAUCCCCUGUUGUAGUAUCGCCAACACUACGCACCAGAGUAUUGGAGACUCUCCAUGAAGGACACCUGGGCACAGUCAAAAUGAAGAGUCUAGCCCAUAGCUAUGUCUGGUGGCCGGGUAUAGAUAAACAAAUAGAAGACAUCACUAAAGGUUGCUCAGGGUGUCGUAGAGGUCAGAAUGAACCACCGCAUGCACCUCUACACCCAUGGGAGUGGCCGUCUGCCCCAUGGCAAAGGGUGCAUAUUGACUUCGCUGGGCCAUUCAUUAACUCCAUGUUCCUGGUUGCAGUUGACGCUCACUCCAAGUGGCCUGAGGUGAUAGUGAUGAAGUCAACUACAUCAGAGAGGACUGUAGCUGCUCUCGGGUCCAUUUUCGCUAGAAAUGGCCUUCCUGAACAGAUUGUGAGUGACAACGGACCACAAUACACGUCAGAGGAGUUCAGUCUGUUCAUAAGAAAAAAUGGCAUCAAGCACUUAAGAUCAGCGCCGCACCAUCCAGCUACGAACGGGUUAGCCGAGAGGUUCGUCCAGACCUUCAAGAAGUCCAUCAAAGCUAUGGAAACUGAGGACUUGACCCUUCAGCACAAGGUGGACAGUUUCCUCUUUGGCUACCGAAACUCUGUUCAUGCCACAACAAGCCAAACACCUGCCAUGUUGUUCAUGAACAGGAACUUCAGAUCACACAUUGAUCUUCUGAAACCUGAUCUGCGCAGAGUCGUGCAGAACAAAAAGUUCAGCCACUUGCCGACGAAAGCAGCUAGAAACUUUGAGGUUGGACAGGAGGUCUUGGCACGUGACUACAGGGGCGACAAGUGGACACCUGGAAAGAUAGCCACAAGGACUGGACCCCUCAUGUAGGCCUACACGGUGGAUGUUGGAGAAACGGGCACCUGGAGGCGUCAUAUGGAUCAGAUUCUGGAUGCACAGCCAAGGGCCAACACCUCACCAUCUCCAGGCAUGCCCCCCAGUGCUGAACAAGGGAAUGACAUGGACAAGACACCUGCCCCGGACACUCUUGUUCCUGAAAAGUGUCCUACUACUAUUUAGGUUACCCCACAAGUCCAGAGGCGUUAUCCUCUUAGGCACAGAGCACCUCCCAAGAGACUGGAGUUGUAAUGUCGUUGUGACCGAGUGAAACUUGAAGUUGUUCUUGUUAUUUUAUUACAAAAAAACAAACAAAAAAAUAAUAAUAUUUUGAAUACGAAAGGAAGUUGUUUAUUAUGGAGGUAAGUUUAUAGGUUUUUUGUUGUGUGGACUGUUUUCUGUUGUCCAGUAUUGAGAAGCAUUUGUCUAGAGGGGGAGGAAGUGUAGUGUAUGGAACUAUUUCCUUUAGCGCAGUAAUACGCCUCCUCUGUAAUAUAGCAGUACAUCUGAUAGGUAAUGCGCAUUGAUAUGUGUAACUGUCUGAAUCUGCAA